AAGCUACAUACCUGGUUGCAUAGUAUACUAACGAACUUUAAAAAUAAUUAGUCGUUUUCGCGCCUGAUUUUAUCAUACGAAUGUUAACCUUAAACUUGUUCGAAAGUGUUCCAGUUAAAAUAUUUGUACUGUCUUCUGCUGAAUAGUCACAUUAAUUAGUUUAAAUGGAUUUGGAAGGAUCUACCAGUAGAAGGAACAAAAAAGUGUUUUACAAUUUACUUGAAAUAUAUCCACAUGAUUUACAAUUUUUCGCCGAUCCCCCUCAUUUAGAUCUCCCAAUAGAUGAGUUUGAAAAAUUGGCCAUGGAACGUAUGCAUGUAUUAAGAAUAAUUCAGCAAGCAUCUUCUGUAAAAGGCCACCAGUUAUUGAGUAAUGGUUGGGUGAAUUGUAUAUCAGAAGCUUUAAAAGAGUUUAGAUUAAAUGAUUACAAUCUGAUCAUUAUGAAUUGUGGUAGUGCUCAAUCAGAAGCUAGUUGUGCUGUACGUAGGAGAGACCAUAUUUCUCAUUAUAUAUUGCGGCUGGUUUAUUGUCGCUCAGAAGAAUUAAGAAGAUGGUUUUUAGCACGUGAGACGGAAUUGUUUAAUUUAAAAUGUAAGAUGUUGAAGGAAGAAGAGAUUGACAAAUUUCUUAGCUUUAACAAACUCAAUUUAUCUCCAAUAAGUCAACAAGAAAAAGGAGACUUGAGAAUCAGUUUGCUUUAUUCAACUAAGAAUUUCAAUUUUGACACUGAUUUUUAUAAAGUACAAUUUAGUGAUGUACCAUAUCUGGUUAAGAAAAAACAAGUGCUUUUAAAAGAUGGUUUUGCAAUUAUACCCAAGAAAGACUUAAUACAUUAUAUUGCUAAUAAUUUUAAAAAAAUGCUUCGUCAGGCCCUUUUAUAUGCAAGUAAGAAAAUGUAUGCUUUAGAUGAUGAUCGUAUACGUGAAUUGCUACUAGGCUUAGAAAAAAACAACAAAAUCAGCCAUUGCAUUCCUGGUGAAUACUCCCACAACUCGAUAGAUCCAUCACUUAUGGACGUAUAUGCUAAAAACCAUUUUCCUUUGUGUAUGCGAAACAUUCAUGAAAAUUUCCGUGCUACACAUACACUAAAGUAUGAUUGUCGAUUACAGUACGGGUUUUUCUGUAAAGGCAUAGGCCUAUCCUAUGAGGAUUGUGUGAAGUAUUGGAGAGAUGAGUUUACAAAAGCAAUGGAGCACAGAGAAUUUCAAAAGAAGUAUGGCUACACAAUAAAGCACAAUUAUGGAAAAGUGGGCGGCAAGAUCAAUUACAUCCCAUUUAACUGUACAAAAAUAAUCUCUGCUAAUGUUGGGAUUGGCCAACAGCAUGGAUGUCCCUUUAAAGUAUGGGACAAUGGGUACUUGAAGCAGAAAUUAACCGAAUAUGGAUUUGGUCCUCAAGUGGUUACAGAGAUAGUUAAUCAUGCAAAGGAAGGUAACUACCAGAUGGCUUGCAGUGCAUAUUUCGAAUACAUGCAUGGAAGACCAAGUAAAGAGGUAAUUAAUCAUCCCAAUCAAUAUUUCGAAGAGAGUUUUAAUUAUGAACAUGAAUAUCAGUCACCAUAUUGUUCAGAUGAAGAUGAAUGAUUCCUACUGUAAAUAGUUACAUAAAACACCACAUACAGUAUUUUAUUAUGUUAAUAUUGUUUUGUUGUAUUUUAUAAUUAA